UCCCGCCGAAUCAUAAUUUUUUUCAAUUUCGCCCAAAAUUAAAAGCUUCCUCGAGACUCUCUCUCUCUGUUCAAAUCCUAUCUUCGAUUUCUGCACACUGAAACCCUAAUUUCACACAGAGCAAAGAAAGUGAAGAUGGAGUCGGGUCUUCCUUGCAUGACGUUCUCGGGUGUUCGAUUCGCCCUCGUCGGAUUCAAUCCCACCGAUGCGAACACGGUACGAUCGAAGCUUAUGAGUGGCGGUGGUGUUGAUGCUGGCCAAUACAGUCAAGAGUACACUCACCUCAUUGUAGACAAGCUUGUUUAUGAUGAUCCGGUUUGUGUCGCUGCUCGAAGCAGUGGGAAAGUGGUUGUCACUGGUUCGUGGGUUCAUCACAGUUUCGACGCUGGAAUGCUUAUUGAUGCCAAUUCGGUUCUGUAUACGCCUCUUAGAGAGUUGGACGGGAUUCCAGGUGCCAAAAGCUUAAUUGUGUGCUUGACUGGGUACCAACGUCAAGAUAGAGAAGACAUUAUGACAAUGGUUGAUUUGAUGGGUGGGCAGUUCUCGAAGCCGCUUGUUGCUAACCGAGUCACCCAUCUUAUAUGCUACAAGUUUGAGGGAGAAAAGUAUGAGCUAGCUAAGCGAAUGAAGAGGAUUAAGUUAGUGAACCACCGGUGGUUAGAGGACUGCUUAAAGAAUUGGAAGCUCCUUCCUGAGGUUGACUACGAGAUAAGUGGCCAUGAGCUGGAGAUGAUGGAGGCUUCAGCUCGGGAUUCUGAGGACGAAGCAGAAGAUGCCUCUGCAAAGCGUGCGAACACCAGUCCUCUUGGUCUUAGGGUCAGUGCUGUGUCUGCAGUUGAAAUGUCGAAGUCGAGAGGAAAAGAUAUCCCGGUUGUUCAAACAAAUUUAGACGAACAGGGUGGUUCAUCACGAUGCAAUACGUCGAAAGAGGAUUGGUUAACUCCGAAGAAGAUGGAAGCCACGGUCUCUACUGAUCCAGUUACUGCUCAGCAGAGCGCAGGCACAUUUCAGAAUACUUCUACUUAUGCGUCCCCUGUUCCAGUCAACAAGGCUUCUGAGAGGGGGAUGGGCAAAAUGGAGACUGAUGACUUAACACCUAUUAACGUGAGUAUCAGAAGGCAUUCUUCUCUAGCCACUUAUUCAAGGAAAACGCUUCAGAGAUCAUCAGAAACAAGUACCUUGGGAAACGAGUCAAGUUGCCAAAACGGUACCUUAAGAAUGGAUGACAGGGCCCUAAAAGCUUCGACUGCCUUUAACAUCUCUGCAUCAAAGUCAAGUUCUUCCGUGGAAAGAAAAACACUCUUUGAGGAUCUUGAUAAGACUGAUACGUUGCAUGGCGAGGAGUCCACUCCGUUGUUGCCUCAGGUGAAACUUACAGAUGGUUCUGUCAGUAGCAAAGGUUCACCACCUGCUAUGUCAACUGCGGAGAAUAUUAUUUCCAAGUGCGCACCGGAUGAGAUACCGGAGAGAUCAUCGAUUGAGCCAAUGGUGGGGAAUAUGUUGUUGCAGGAACCAAGAUCAGGUUCACCAAAACAAAACCUUAAGGUUGUGCCAAACAUCAAUGACAACACUGAAGGUGAGGAAGUUGCACACAAGUUGGAUGUGAGUGAUUCAGCAACUAGGCUAUGCAGUUCAAGUGUUGUGUUAAAGGAAGCUGAUACUUGGACUGCAGAGAUUUUAAAGGGUGGAUUAGAUGAAAGAUCCGUAGCGGAGCCUGUGAUGAUGAGAUCUAGCACCUCUCCUGUAGAAACAGAGCCGCCUAAGAAGAAAACAGCUCCAAGAAAGAGUCUAGGCACCAGAGGCAGGAAAAAGAACCCCAUUAGCCAAAAGGGAUCUAUUUACUUGAGCGAACCUACCCCAAAGGACGAGCACAGUGAUGGUCUAAUCAAAGGAAACGUUUCGGAGCUGGCGACAGAUGAUAGCAAUCAGAAAGAGAUACCAAGUCCUGUCCUAAAUGCUGAGGCUGUGCCAGAAAUGGCGAAAGGUAGUGUCUCAGAGUCUGAAGCCCUUGAUAGAAUUGACUCUGAUAAGCAGCAGGUUAAGACCCCGGAGGAAGCUGGUGCAGAGGUGGAAAUUAAAAUGCUAGAAUCAGAGCUUGCUGAAGUUCCAACUAAAGAUCCAAGUGAUGGUGCAUUACAGUUAGAGAUCAGUAAGAGUAUAAAUGAACGCAUGAGUGAGAAGAAAGGAAGUUCGUCUAGAGCUGAAGCAGCAGAUUCUGGUGUCAAGAAGACCAAAAAAUCUAGAAAAGAAGAUGACGCCAAAGCAAACGAUACUGUGAUGGAAGAUAUUACAGUAUUGGAAAAUGAAUCUGGGAAGGUCAGUUCUGGUGGAGAUCAAAGCCCAGCUGCAGGAGACACAUCAGUAAGAACUGGCGCUGAAACUAAGGAUCCAAGCGAUGCUGCAGUGCAACCAGGGGUUGAUAAGGAUAAUGGUAAACGCAGGAAGGAGGCCACUGUUGGAAAAACCCGGCUUCAAAGUGGGAAGAAAAGAAGUUCUUCUGCAGUCGAAUCUGAUAAGGCCAAUGUCAAAAAGACAAAAAAAUCUAAAACAGACGAUGAGACUGAAGCAAACGAUACUGUGAUGAAUGAUACAGUGAUGAACUCUGCAGAAGUGAAAGAGGAUGCAGCAGUGGAUAAGAAACCUGAGGAUGUCAGUUCUGAUAGAACCCAAAGCCCUAUUGCAAGGAAACCAUUAACAAGAAAGGAGACAGCAGCGAAGGAUCUAAGUAAUGCUGCCAUGCAAUUGGAGGUUCCUAAGAAUAAGCGUAAAAACAGAAAGGAGCCUGCUGUAGAAAGAAGUAGCCUUCAAAGUGGAGAGAAAGAAAGUUCUUCUACAGUUGAAGUAGGAUCAUCAAGUGUCAAGAAGUCUAAAAAAUCUAAAAAGGAACGUGGCGCUAAAGCAUCCGACACUGUGAUGAAAGACAUAGAGGACAACUCUGCAGAAGAGAAGGAGAGCACUGAAGUGGAUAACAAAUCUGGACCUGGUAUAGACAAACGCCCAAAAAAGAAAGCUGCAAAGACUGCUAAAACGGGUGCAAAGACUGCUAAAGAGUCUAAGCAGCUUAGUUCUAGUAAAAAAGCUUUACAGGAGCAAAGACAGGAACCCAAGCAUUUUAUAGUCAGUGGUCCUAAGGUCCAGAGAAAGGAGUAUCAGAAGAUCCUUAGGCUUUUAAAUGGCAAAUGCUGCAGGGAUUCUCAUCAGUGGUCUUAUCAAGCUACACACUUCAUUGCUCCUGAAAUCCGUAGGACUGAAAAGUUCUUCGCUGCUGCUGCUUCUGGAAGUUGGAUUCUGAAGACUGAUUAUGUGGCUGAUUCAAAGGAAGCUGGGAAGCUACUACCAGAGGAGCCUUAUGAAUGGCACGGUACUGGUCUUAGCGCUGACGGUUCAAUAAGCCUUGAGUCCCCAAGGAAAUGGCGGCUCGUCAAGGAGCAAACAGGACAUGGUGCUUUACAUGGAUUGCGCGUUGUUGUAUACGGUGACUGCGCCGUCCCUUCAUUGGAUACGUUGAAGCGAGCUGUGAAAGCUGGGGAUGGUACCAUACUAGCAACCGCACCGCCUUACACGCGUUUCUUGAAUCAGAACACUGAUUUUGCGUUGAUAAGUCCUGGGAUGCCACGCGAUAACGUCUGGGUACAGGAGUUCAUACGCCAUGAGAUACCUUGUGUAGUCGCGGAUUACAUUGUGGAGUACGUUUGCAAACCUGGAUAUGCACUUGACAAGCACGUGCUCUACAAUACAAACGCAUGGGCAGAAAGGUCUUUCAAUAAGCUUCAGCGUAGUGCUGAAGACUGAAGAGGAAGAAGUAGAAGAUUAGCUGUUGCCUCUUCACAUGAUGUAAACAAUGUUGCUUGUGAGUCACGGACUAUGAUAACACCUUUGUAAACCCAAAUCUUCCCUUUCUCACAAACUCUAUGGAAAAUAACAUUAAUAAUAAUAAUAAUGUUUAUUCAUUGUUUAAAAAUUCAAGCAACACGGCAGUUAUACUGAUCUCACUGCCUGCAGCAGCUUCUUGGCCGAGAAACUUAGAGCAUGUGGAUUCAUGGGUUUCUCAUGCUUAGUUUAUUGUAUUAGUAAUUUAAAAUAAUUAAAUCAUCUAUUAAAAAUAAAAUGCUUCAAAGUGACAUGUAUCCUUAAAAUAAAGACAUGUGUAACAAUAGUUUCUCAACAUUUUUAAAAUACUCUCAUAUAAUCUUCUACACUCUUUUACUAAUUUUGAUUACUUUUUCUGGUAAGAGAAGAGUUCACCACUAAUGUUGUCUCUAGCGUAGUAAUAAUUUGGUUCGUGUGGUUGAAGAAUUUCUGAUGUCAUGUCUUUGAGCAUAAUACCACCAACACGUCUGUCUUUUGGUUUAUUCACAGAUUUAUCUUGUACACAACAAAGUCUGAUAUGUAAGCAUCUCAAUUGUUUGUUGAAAUGGAUACAAAUCAGACUAUGCUGCAUACAAAAUAGUCGUGUUAGUGGUAAUCCUAAAAACCAGGACAGCUGAAAUUCCUCAGCCAGAAGAACCAAACUAUUACUACGCUAAGUUUCUGUACAGAAUCAUCCCAAUACCUCAAACGCUGGAUGAUUCUGGUUGUUGGGUUCACUCCAUGUUCUCCAUGCACUGUUAUAUAAUAAAUAUAUCAAACGCAUUAACUAUUUAGUUUUUUUUUUAAUCACUUUUGUAUUGGUAAUGAUUAGUUAGUUUUAUAAAGCCGAGAGGACUAUCGCCACGGUGUGAGUGACAAAACUUGAUAGUUUGAAGCUCUGUUAUGGUCUUAAGCAUAGUAGUUUCGAACAAAGAGAGAUUCUUUAGUUUCUUACCUUGUAAACGUCGGCCGAGUUCGUGAUAUCUUUUUUAUGAACUGAGUGUGGGAGAUAUCUUCCGCUCUAUUAUCUUCUUCCAUAGACUUAAAGCGCAUUCUCUCGUCACCAUCAACAUUGCUUUGCCCUGACCUUGAUGGUAAAACAGGACUAGUAGGGCGGCUCUCAGGUUGCGAUGAGCUAGUGCGUGUUCGGUCCUCGCAGAACCUGGCUUCGUCAGAGCCUUCAGACAUGGGAGAGUAUUGUAAUGGCAAGUCAUCUCUGUGUUAUCACUAGAAAUAUUUAUGAAAAAAAAUCUCUUAA